CUUGCAAAAAAUUAGAAUUUGCCUCGGUAGGCCUUUGUCCACAUGUUGCUUCACGGCUGCCUGGUGCACUUCGAAGUCUUUCCUAUUAUUCUUCCAAGGCUUUCCAAGGUCAGGCCUAUGGUUUCCUGUUGAACAUGCCUUCUAUAAGCGGUCUACGACAACCCAAGGAAACGAACAAAGGCAAAAAUGGUUUUCGCGAGAAACACAUCCCUCUCGAUUCUGCCAACCCAGACGACUUGGCCAUUAGUCGGCACCACUUUGCCCAGUACAUCCUUGCGUCAAAGGGGUCUUAUAUCGGUGGCUCGCUGAAGGAACUUAUAGCCACUCCUAAUGUACCACCAGUGGACACGCUAGCGACUGUCGAGGACAAAAUUAGGGACCUGAAAAGACAGCAUCAAGAGGACCUCGAGCUUCUCACUGCAUUCCAGGCUGCAGAAUACCGCCAAGAAGUUCUUGACAAGUACAACUGCAUCGAUGAUUCAAUGAUGGGAGUAGACCCGGAGGACCUGGUCCAGGUCGAUUAUCUCGCUGCUCUCAAUGAGUUGUACAACGACGCGCGGCCUAUGAAACGCUUCCAGCACGAUAUAGACGACGCCUUGUCUCAGAUCCGCUACGGCUACUUCAAAUCCCUCCUCCCACUCCUCACUCAGCGCUGCAUGUUGAAAGUGCGAGAAUCCCACGUUCGAAGACAACGUGAUGCGCAGUUCCCGCAGAGUAUCGAAGAGUACCACAAUAUUCCAGACCGCGACAUUCAAUUGCGUAUUGCACGGUUCCUCAUGGGUUCAACUGCUGAGCAGGAGAAGAUGAUGGAUACCUAUAGAUGGGUGUGGAGGGCGGUGCAGCCUCUGGAGUUGGCGUUCAAGACGAAUGAAGGGUUCAAAAAUGAGAUAUUGGAGUCGGUUAAGGAUGCGCAGGCUUCGGAUCCCCGGCGCCGCCCAUCAGCGACCCCUGUAUGGUAGAUUUGUGUAUCACUUUAUUCAAAGGAACGGUCUGUCUUCUUUAUUUUAUGGCUCCAGGGGAGACAAUCAUCGUUGUGCCACAGUCGAUCACUCAAUGAAAAAGCAGCCUUCCUCUAAGUCAGAUUGACGCUAAUCAGAGACAUGAGCAUUGCGUUCAAAAAUAGAUGGCGAUAAUUUGCCAGACGCGACACCGAGGGUGUUCAAAUGCGUGCUCCGCAGCGGACAUCAAUUCCCAUUGAAAAAGCUACACCCGAAAAUGCCCACUGAGUAUUUGCACCACUCAUCACGCGGGCACCCGGUGGAAGCAUGUUGAACAUUCUUGUUCGGCCUUUUUAUCACCAUCAUUGAUGAGGUUGAAAUUCCGGAUGGGAGAGCAUGUGAAUCACCAUAUCAGAGAUGGAGUAAUGAACAUCAAGGGUUUCGCUCACAGGGUUAGUCUUAUCACCCUCU